AUGGACGCUCCGUCCACGCGCUCGCUACCUCUCUACUACGAUGACGCGCUCUACUCGCCCGGGUUUAGGGUUGAUUCUGGGCCUGAUGGCUCUUUAACCUGGGCCGCCACCGCCACCGCCGCAGCCGCCGCACAGGGGGGCCAUUCCCAGCGCAAAUUGCGCGAGGCUGUUCUCAACGAGGCCGCUCCAAUCUCCGAGAUCACUGCUACCACCACCAGCAUCACUUCCUCUGGCUGGGAAGAAUACGCGGACUUCGCUGCAUGGGCCAUCCCCAACGACCUCCCCCUGAUAACCCCUGCUUUCCUUCUCGGAGAGCAGUUGACAGACGUCAUGUUUCCAGCAGCAGCAGCUGGAGCAGCGGCUGUGAUGCCUGCACCUGAGCCUGGCAUUGCCGCGUUAAUCCAAACCGGCGAUGCCGCGAUUCUAGAACUCCCACGCGUGAAGAUGGAAGCUCCAAUUUCAUUUUCGGCUGCCGUUUCUAUUCCUGGCGCUGGCGCUGGCGCUGGCGCUGGUAGAAGAAGCACCGCUUCGACCCACAACCACGCCACCUCUGUCGCUGUCACCGCUAUUGAAGCCACAGGAGCACAGGGAACACGGACCGCACAACCCGCGGUUCACCUUGCCGCACCAACGCUGCUAGCGACCCAGAAGAUGCUGAGCGGCAGCCGCAGAGGGGAACAACUGGGUGUGGAGAAACAGAGACAGCCCAUACACCGCCGGAGCGCCACGGAAAAGCGUAGACGACACCGGGUCAGUGCGGGGUUCAAGCAGCUAGAGAAGGCCAUUCCUGCGUCGUGGCUGCGCCAGCGGUGCUCGACCAACCUGUCUGCACGCACCGAUAUGGCGUCGCUGCUUCACGCUGCUGUGGCGUUUAUCGAACAGCUAGAGGUGAGGAGGCGGCUGUGCUUUUGA